AUGGCUGUCAAACUUACUCCUAUUAAUGCUUCCAAUGCUCCAGCACCAGCUGCCCCAUACUCCCAUGCUAUGAAAGCUGGUGAUUUCAUUUAUUUAUCUGGUCAAGUUGCUUUAACUCCAGAUAACAAACAACUUGGUGGACCAAUCGGUCAAAGAGCUACUCAAAUUUUUGAAAAUAUCAAGACCGUUCUAGCUGAUUGUAACUCUUCUUUGGAAAGAAUUGUCAAAGUAAACAUCUUCUUAACUGAUAUCAAUGAUUUUGCUGAAUUUAACAAGGUCUACGGUUCCUACUUUAACACUCACAAGCCUGCUAGAUCAUGUGUCGCUGUUGCAGCUUUACCAUUAGGUGAAACUGUUGAGGUUGAAGUUGUCGCUGUUGAAAACGAGUAA